AUGAAGCCAGUGGAGCUGUCCUCCCUCCUGCUCCAGGCGGAGUCCACUCUGGCAGGUCUGGUGCAGCGAGGACAGGAGCUGUCCUCCAGACUCAGAGCUCUGCAGGUCGACCGCAGGGAGGUGGCCUGCCUCAAGUUCAUGCUCCUCUUCAACCCCAGUGAGUGCACCUCCUCCUCCUACACCUCCUCCUCCACCACCUCCUCCUCCACCACCACCUCCUCCUCCUCACAUGGUAUUGGACCAUAG